AUCAAACUGUGCUUUAUUAAUCAGUAAUGUACAGUUCAGUCACGCUGGAGAGUAUAAAUUCAGAUUUAUAACUAAUGUCGAGAAAGGAAGAUGGACAGGUGACCCUGGAGUGACUCUUGAAGUGUCAGAAGUUGUGCAGGUGUCGAUGAUCAGACUGUCUGGAAACGGGACUCUAAAGGAAGGAGACUCUGUAAAUCUGACUUGCGCUGUGAACUGCAUUCUCAGCUCUCCACAGUUUGUGUGGUUUCAGAAUACAGAGCGUUUACCUGAAUCAGGCUCUGUUAUUCACCUUCCUGCUCUGACUGUGAGGAACUCUGGGAAUUAUUCCUGUGCUUUGAGGAACUACGAGAACUUCACGUCUGAAAUGAUCAGCCUUGAUGUCGAAGGACAUUUCCCAGUUUUGGGCAUUGUUUGGAUUGUCCUUGGAGUAAUUCUAUUUAUGCUACUUGUGGCUAUCUUAGCUGUAGUUUACAAAAGGAGGAAGAAGGCAAAAGCUCCAGAAGAAGACAUUAGAGGAAGUGACAGGGAAACCCAGGUUGGAGAAAGAACACAGGGUAAACAAACAAAGCUUCAGGAUAACCAUGUUAAUGAGGCUGCUGAAGCCGAGCUGCUGGAGGACGAAAUUACGUAUGCCUCUGUGUGCACAAAAGCUAAAAAACCAAAAGAAAGGGAGGUAAACGCUCGAGAAGAAGAAGAGAACAGCAGAAGUGGCUGGAAAACCCAGGAUGAAGACGUGAUGUACGCUUCUGUGUCCAUCCAACCCACUAUACCUAAAAAAGGACCUGUCCACACUGUCCAAGAAGAUGAUUCCAUUAUCUACAGCGCAGUGAAGACAAACUGAUCACAGCUCCGCACGUCAUGUAACCCCAAAGCAUUUGGGCGUAUUUGUAUAUCAUUAGAAAAUCGCUUGCUAUGAAACAUCUGCUGUGAACCACUAGGUGGAAACUAUAAAAGAAAUUUAUUGAAA